AUGGAGAAAUCCCAAGUAGAUAUGUCCUUAUACGACCGGGGAAUGGACAUGGGGGCAAGUUUCAUUCAUCACCCAGACGAAAAUAACGCUAUUGUCAAACUGCAUCAGCAAUUCAACCUGCCGAUGCUUGACUGGAACAACACGAGAUGGGCUGUAGUGAGAGAAAAUGAUUCCAUGCCUUACAAUCAAGCCAGGGUAGAUGCAGCUUCUGCUAAAGUGGACAAGGCUUUCGAAGCUGUCUUAAAUCUCUCAUCAACCUUGCAAAGAGACGUAUCGGUAUACACAGCUCUGAGACAUCUCCAUCAGUACCAGCUGAUUGACGAUCCUCUCUCGCAAACAUUUGUGGCGGAACAAGAGUUUUUUUACGGAUCUACUAUAAAUUAUCUGAGUGCAAAGUAUCUGUUUGAUGGAUACAUGGAGAAUGAAGCUCCGGAUACUCCUGACAAAAUACCAGCGUUUGGAUAUACAAAGAUGUUAGACAGAAUCAUUCAGAGCUCUCCUGAUGAUACUCCACUAAACAUCCUUCUGGACCAUGAAGUCACGGAGGUGAACGUUCAAGAAGACAAACGCGUGAUCAUCAAAUGUAGGAACGGCCAGAUUUACGAGGCGGACGCUGUUAUCGUAACGUUACCUCUGGGGGUUUUGAAAGCGAAUGACGUUAAAUUCACUCCAGAUUUAUCCACGAAAAAGAAGGGGGCAAUAAAAAGAGUUGGAUUUGGCACUAUAAAUAAGUUUGCAUUAGAAUUCAGCCACCGAUUUUGGUCAAAAGAUACACAACAAAUGACUGUGGCGCCUCAAGACAUCGCUGACCGAGGAAAGUUUUCUAUUCUGAUAACUUUCCAUACCGUUGCAAACAAGCCCGUGGUAAUGACGUAUGCUGUCAGUCAGUUUGGCGAGGACAGCGAAAUGCUGAGCGAUAAAGAGCUUAAAGACAUAGGUAAUCAAGCCUGCUAA